AUGGAAAAAGAAACAGAAAUUCAGUACACUAAAGAAGAAAACCAGAAUGAUCAAGAGAUCCCACUCUCGUCGUCACAGUCUGUUAAAGAGAAAACGGAAGGUGACCUGGUAAUAUUCAAUAAUGACAGUACGUUAAAAAAGUCGUCUACGAAUAUUCGAUCUAUUCUGAGUGAUCUCAUUUCAACUCUAGAAGAAAAAAUCAAUAUUGCAAAAGUAGAUGCUAUUAAGGAGUCACGAGAAUUGCGCCUAAACGAGCUCCUGCUUUCUGAUUCCUCCAUAGGUGAUAUAUGGCUUGGCCUUAGUUUCCUUCUUCACAAUAUCUGGGACUCAGCUAUGGCCCUGAUGGAUUCGAAUGUUUUAUACCCGAAGGAUCCAUCAUACCAUCUUUGGGAAUGCACCCUUGAAUCUGGCAAAGUCGUUCAUUUGAACUUACAUAUAUGGCAUUGUAACUGUCCACAGUUCAUAUAUAAUGCCUUCAAAAAUCUCCAUACAUUUUCCCAAGAAAAGUAUCAUAAAAAAUGGGAUCGCUGGGGAGGUGAAUGUGUAUCACAGCAUCCUCCGUACUGUGCACAUCUUCUAGCGGCCAGUCUUUAUGCAACUUGUCAAGGUAUUCUGUGA